AUGUCGGAAGAAGAACAAGUAACUAUUGUCGCAUCGGCGGUCGUUGUUCCCCACAACGAUGAUAUGGACAGAUCACCUCCCUCAAAACACCUUGCCAAACGCAGGCAAUCCACCGCGUCCCCAGAGUCCUCCAAAAGGGCACGUUUUAACCACAAAGACCAUAGCAAUAACGGAAGGGAGUUACACUACCCUUCAGUGGAUGACGGUGAAGAUAUGAUGGAGAGAGGGGGGAGGAAUAGCAGAUUAAAAGCUGAAGAAUCAGAAGAUGAGAGCUCACGGCCCAGCAGACGACCAUCAGCCGGAAAGGCUGCCGCCGGGAACGAGGAGGAGCGCCGACGUGGGAAACGGCUUUUUGGAGCCCUCCUAGGGACCAUUGGCAAGUUCAAGCAGGAUUCCUCAUCGGCUAGGGCCCGUAACAGCGCGGUGAAGCGUCGCGAGGUUGAAGCGAAACUGCAGGAGAAACUGAAGCAGCAAACCAAUGAGAUUGACGAGCGCCGGAAGAAAGAGGACCAGAAUGUCAAUUUACGCAGACGCAUGGAACAGAGGGGGUUUGACGAACGUGCUAUGCAAAUACGUCACAACAAUGAACUUGCCCAGGCCCACAUUCUACAAACAAGCGCGCAACCAAAACUAUUCUACCUUCCAUGGAAAUUGCUACCCGAAGAAGAGGAACGUAUCAAAGCCCAGAUAGAAGAGGCAGAAGACUCGAUCGCACAAGAGCAGCGUAAAUUCCAGCUGCGUCGCGAGCGAGAAGAGGAGGAAGAGCAACUUAAUGAUGAUGAUUCACCAAUGAUAGACGAUAAUGAUCAUACAACGGAAGUAAAUAUCAGGCAUCACGAUGAUGGCGAUCAUACUAACCUUGACAAUGCGCCUGUACACGAUGAGAUUGACAACACUAGAAGACAAUCCGAUAUCGGGGAUGUGGGGGAAAUCGUCGAAGCUGGGGAGGACACGGUGAUAUAUUAA